CUAUCACCGUCCCAGUCCGGAAGCAAUGUCCUGGGCCAGGUCCGGAGGGAGGGAAUGCGUGAGGAAACAAUACACGGAUUUCAGGGCUGGGAUCCAAAGCCCAGCCUAUGGGGAGCCAGGUAAGGGUCAUGGUUACUGUAUCCAGGGGUGGGACUAGAGGCCGGCCUCCCGGUCAGUUGCCUCCCCGUCCAGGUCUGUGCAGAGCCCAGAGAUAAGUCACUUGGGCCGGAGGCCUCCCUCCCAACUUUGGACAGGCUCUUUCUGACGCACAUCCUGGGAGCCUGGCCUAGAGCCAGGGAACAGCGCUGUUGCUUCAACCCCACCGGUGAUUAAUUUUGGCAACCUGAGCUGGAGGCUAUACAGAGGGAAGCCAAGCUGGAGAAGCGAGAUGGCAGUUGGGGAGUGUUGCUGGACAGGAAGCCCUUCUUCCUGCUUCUGCUCCUUUGCACUCAGGUGUCCAUGCACUGGACAAUGAGGCUGGCCGCGGCAGCCCUGUUUCUGAGUCUCACGAUGGUGGUCACCAGAGACAUGGAGGACUUGUGUUUGUACGAGGCUCUGUCUGACGCCGAUGCUGUCCUCUGCAAGGGACUUGAAGUUUUCUACCCAGAGCUGGGGAACAUUGGCUGCAUGUUUGUUCCUGACUGUAACAACUACAGACAAAAGAUCACCCACUGGGCUGAGCCCCUAGUCAAGUUCCCUGGGGCCUUGGAGGGCGCAACCUACAUCCUGGUGAUGGUGGAUCCAGAUGCCCCGAGCAGGUCUUCACCCAAAGCUCAAUUCUGGAGACACUGGCUGGUAACAGAUAUAAAGGGCGCUGAUAUAAAGAAAGGGAAGGUCCAGGGCCAGGAGUUGUCACCCUACCAGCCUCCGUCCCCACCAGUAAAAAGUGGCUUUCACCGCUACCAGUUCUUCGUCUAUCUUCAGGAAAAACAGAACAUCUCUCUCCAUUCCAAAGAAAACAAAACUCGAGGCUCUUGGAAAAUGGACAAAUUCCUGAACCGCUUCCACCUGAGCGAACCUGAAGCAAGCACCCAAUUCAUGACCCAAAAUUACCAGGACUCGCCCAAUUACCAGACCCCCGGAGCCGGAAACAGUGAGCCAAAGGAUAAACCCAAGUAGAGAUAACUGCCUGCCAGACAUCAGGCUUCACGCUGAGGGUGUGUGUAUCCACGGUGCCCACCAGCGACGGUCUGGGUAUGGCACCCCUGCUGGGUAUGGCACCCCCUCUGGGUAUGGAACCCCUUCUCUUCCAAAUUAAAAAAAAAAUCAU